AUGCCCAGGAACCGGGCUUUUUCGGAGCCCGAGUGCUCGGCCGAGUACUCCGCCGACUACUCGGUGAGCCUGCCGUCGGACCCCGAGCACGGCGUGGGUCGGACCCACGAGGUGACGGUGCGCAGCUCGGGACCCUGCCUCUGCCUCCCCCGCUUCAUGCGCCUCACCUUCGCUCCCGAGUCCCUGGAGAACCUCUACCAGACCUAUUUCCGUCGCCAACGCCACGAGACCCUCCUGGUGCUGGUGGUCUUCGCCGCCCUCUUCGAUUGCUACGUCCUCAUCAUGUGCGCUGUGAUCCUGUCCAACGUUGCCAUCUACCUUUGUGCCAUCACGGUGGGCACCAUGUCCUACUACAUGGCCGACCGCAAGCACCGCAAAGCCUUCCUCGAAGCGCGCCAGUCCCUCGAGGUCAAGCUCAACCUGGAGGAGCAGAGCCAGCAGCAGGAGCGGCUGAUGCUCUCCAUCCUGCCCAAGCACGUGGCUGAUGAGAUGCUGAAGGACAUGAAGAAGGACCCGAGCCAGAAGGAGAUGCAGCAGUUCAACACCAUGUACAUGUACCGCCACGAGAACGUCAGGUAGGGCCUGGUGGAGGUGGCUGGGGGGGACCCAGCUUUUGGGGAGGGGGCUGAUAUUGUGUGUCCCCCCCCCCAGAAACACCACCAGCUGCGCAUCAAGAUCCUGGGCGACUGCUACUACUGCAUCUGCGGGCUGCCCGAGUACCGGGAGGACCACGCCGUCUGCUCCAUCAUGAUGGGGCUGGCCAUGGUGGAGGCCAUUUCGUACGUGCGGGAGAAGACCAAGACGGCGGUGGACAUGCGGGUGGGGGUGCACAGCGGGACGGUGCUGGGUGGUGUGCUGGGCCAGAAGCGCUGGCAGUACGACGUCUGGUCCACCGAUGUCACCGUGGCCAACAAGAUGGAGGCGGGGGGCAUCCCUGGGCGGGUGCACAUCUCGCAGAGCACCAUGGAUUGCCUGAAGGGUGAGAUCGAGGUGGAGCCGGGCGAAGGUGGCUCACGCUGCGAGUACCUGAAGGAGAAGGGGUUGGUGGCCAACUACGUGACCUUCGUGGUGGGGGAGAUCCUGCUGCUCAUCCUCACCCUCUGCUCGUUGGCUGCCAUCUUCCCCCGGGUCUUCCCCAAAAAGCUCGUGGCCUUCUCCACCUGGAUCGACAGGACCCGCUGGGCACGCAACACCUGGGCCAUGGCCGCCAUCAUCAUCGUCACCAUGGCGGACAUCGUGGACAUGCUCAGCUGCCGGCAGGACCACGGUGGGAUGGGCAACGGGACGGUGGGACCACCGCAGCCAGGCGGCUGUGAGGAGCAGCCCAAGUACUACAGCUACAUCGCCCUGCUAGCCUUGGUGGCCACCAUCAUGCUGGUGCAGGUCAGCCACAUGGUCAAGCUGACCCUCAUGGUGCUGAUCACCGGGGCCGCCGGUGCGGUCAACAUCUACGCCUGGGAGCACAUCUUCGACCAGUACGACCGCCGUCGUGGCCAGCAAAGCACGUCCUCGCUGGUGCCCUCCAAGUACUCCAUGACGGCGAUGAUCUUCGUCGUGAUGCUCAGCUUCUACUACUUCUCUCGCCACGUGGAGAAGCUGGCCCGGACGAGCUUCCCCUCGAAGGUCGACCAGAAGGAGCGGGUCUACGAGAUGCGGCGCUGGAACGAGGCCCUCGUCACCAACAUGCUGCCCGAGCACGUGGCCCGGCACUUCCUGGGCUCCAAGAAGCGGGGCGAGGAGCUGUACAGCCAGUCCUACGAUGAGAUCGGCGUCAUGUUCGCCUCCCUCCCCAACUUUGCUGACUUCUACACAGAGGAGAGCAUCAACAACGGGGGCAUCGAGUGCCUGCGGUUCCUCAAUGAGAUCAUCUCCGACUUUGAUGCGCUCCUGGAUGAACCCCAGUUCCGGUGCAUCACCAAAAUCAAAACCAUCGGCAGCACCUACAUGGCCGCUUCUGGAGUGACCCCCGAUGCCAACGCCAAUGGCUACAGCGCUAAGAAGGAGACCCUCUCGGAUAAGGAGCGCUGGCAGCACUUGGCCGACCUGGCCGACUUUGCCUUGGCCAUGAAGGUGACGCUGAUGAACAUCAACUACCAGUCCUUCAACAACUUCAUGCUCCGCAUAGGCAUGAACAAGGGGGCCGUGCUGGCUGGCAGCGCCGACGUCGAUCCAACGAGCGAGAAGCGCGGCGCUGAGGAAAGGUCACCCGCACCAAGAUGA